AUGCUGGGAAACAAACCCAAUUUUCGGCCCAGAAACGAUUUUAAUGGAAUGAGGAAUGAAUUCAAUCACAAAAAUGAAAAUGGUGGAAACCAGGGCGAUUUUGGUGGGCCUAAAGAUUUCAACAAGAUGAAAAAUAAUUAUAAUAACCAGCCCCUAAAGAAGAAUGAUUAUGAAGCAGAUAAGGCAGUAGGUGGAAAUAUGCAGUUUUAUAACAAUGGCAAAAAUGAUUUUGGUGGACCGAAACAAGGUUUCCCAAAAAACAAUUAUGGUCCCAAGAAUUUCAAUAAUCAAAAUGGACAGCAAAACUUUGGGCCUAAAAAAGUUUUCAAUCCCAACAAUAUGCAACAAAAUGUUGAUUUUAAUGGGAAGCAGAGGGGAAAAAAGACCAAACACCCUGGUGAUAGCUUGGUAAAGCCAAUGUGGGAUUUAUCACAACUUGAGCCUAUCCAGAAAGACUUUUACAAGCCACAUGCUAAUGUGGAGGGUCGCUCAGAUGAAGAAGUGCAAAAAUUCAGAGUUUCAAAGGAAAUAACUGUCAGUGGCAACAAUGUUCCCCGCCCUAAUCAAGUCUUUGAUGAAGGCAAUUUCCCUGAUCACAUAAUUAGUACGAUCAAGGAACAAGGGUAUGCUGAGCCAACAGGUAUCCAGGCUCAGGGAUGGCCAAUUGCCCUGUCUGGUCGUGAUAUGGUAGGCAUAGCAUCCACUGGUUCGGGUAAAACUCUUGCAUACAUGUUACCCGCCGCUGUUCAUAUUAGCCAUCAACAGCGCAUUCAGCGAGGGGAUGGCCCUAUUGCGCUUAUUCUGGCUCCUACCAGGGAAUUGGCCCAGCAAAUUCAAUCUGUUGCUCAGAGUUAUAGUGCUCGUGGCACUAUUAGAAACACUUGUCUGUUUGGAGGCUCACCUAAGGGACCACAAGCAAGGGACUUGGAAAGAGGUGUAGAGAUAGUGAUUGCAACACCUGGACGAUUGAUCGAUUUCUUGGAACGCGGCACAACUAACUUGCGUCGCUGCACUUACUUAGUUUUGGAUGAAGCCGAUAGAAUGUUGGACAUGGGUUUCGAACCACAAAUCCGGAAGAUCAUUGAACAGAUUCGCCCAGAUCGUCAAGUUCUCAUGUGGUCCGCUACAUGGCCUAAAGAAAUUCAAGCUCUUGCUGAAGACUUCCUUAAUGAUUAUGUAAAAGUAAAUAUUGGUUCAUUGAAUCUGUCUGCCAACAAUAAUAUUAAACAAAUAAUUGAAGUUUGUGAAGAGCACGAAAAAGAGAUUAAAUUGACUAACUUACUGAAAGAGAUUUCACAAGAGAGAGAUAACAAGGUCAUAGUUUUUGUGGAAACUAAGAAAAAGGUGGAUGAUAUUGCUCGUGCUGUACGUCGCAGGGGCCACAAUGCUCUUGCUAUACACGGGGACAAGUCGCAAAUUGAGCGCGAUGCAGUGUUGACCGAAUUCAGGAAUGGAGUCAAUAGCAUCCUGAUUGCCACGGACGUUGCAGCGCGCGGUCUCGAUGUCGAAGACGUCAAAUUUGUCAUAAACUUUGAUUACCCAAAUUCGUCUGAGGAUUACAUUCAUAGAAUUGGUCGAACUGGGCGUUGUCAACAGUCUGGAACAGCUUAUACCUACUUCACAACUGGAGAUGCUCGUCAGGCUCGCGGCUUACUCGCUGUCCUACGAGAAACUGGCCAGAAUCCACCAACAAAAUUAAACGAUAUGGCUCGCAGCAACAACAACAACUCUGGUCGUAACCGUUGGCAACAACGCAAAGAAAAUAACAGUGGUGCCAGUUCGCCGCGUCAACAAAAUAACCAGUGGAAUAACAAAAUGGCCAACACAAAUCCUGAAGAAAGCCAGAACACUUACCAAAACCGUGGCGGUAAUCCUCAAGCUCCUCGAUUCUCAAACCAAAACCAAGGAAAUCAAGGAUACCGGCAAAAUAACUAUCAAAAGCAAGUGCCCUUCCCUAGCCCCAAUGUUUUUGAAUCUAUGGGCAAUUACCAGGGUGGAUACAAUAAUGGAUAUCAAAAUGGAUACAAUGGACAAAACGGAUAUGGUCAACGCCCAUACAAUAACAUGCGCAAUGGUGGGCAGCAGUAUCGCAACAAUAAUGCUGGCAACAAGAACAAUGGCACUGGCUCAUCUUAUGGAUCUCCUCCUCCACACUUUGCUACCCCACAGCAUUACCCUCAGAUGCAUCCUCAUCAUCAAGAGAUGCUAGGCGGCAAAUUUUACGGCGGCGGUGUUGGCGGCGGUGGACCCUGCGGUUACCAAGCUGCAGUGGGUGUAAGCGGGCCUUACGCACACCUGCCUCCUGGCUCCCUGCUUUACGCGGCUCCAGUGCAGCAGUAAGAAGUUUUUGAUGACACACCGCCUCUAAGCCCUAAACUAAAACCGGUUUAAAGUCGCAUGCCAAUUUGUAGGCAUAAAUAGCAUUAUCGAAAUAAUAGUAAUACUUGAUGUUCAUCAUAGAUUUCCCUUUAAGCUCUCUCAUUGUCCAUGUUUUGGUACUUGAGCUAUAAAUAUCAGUUAAUCAUUAUAAUCUAAGCGGGGUGUUGAUUCUUUCGAUGUCAAUAAUACUUUAUUAAUUUCAUCUAUUAUUAUUAGAUCUGAUUGAAGGCUUACAAAAUUACUUUUACAAAGUGUGUGGACAAUAUUAUCCUAACCAUAGUGACUAAUGUUAAAAAUUGCAUUGUCAACUAGAUUACUUUAGAACGUAAAAACUUUGUCUAUUCAUAAAACUUUUGUGAAUUCUCUUUCAGAUCCAUUUGAAUUAAAGUUAUAUUAAUGUGUGUUAGGUUUAUAAGAUUAUUCUCUGUUGGUUGGGUAUGCUAUAAAGGUUAAAGUAUAGGGGAUUCAAGAACUUACACAAAGUGUUGGUUAGAAAAUACAAUAAGAAAACAGUAAUGUGCAUAUUUGAGCAGUUGUGAUAAAACUCAAAAUGUAGGACUGUAAGUUGUGUAUCAAUUUUCACACCGAAUUUGUGAAUAGCUAGGAUGCCACCAACAGAGAAUUAAGUUUUUCCAAAAUAUGAUUGUGCAGUGGGACAUAUUAUGAAAAAAAAAUUGUCAGUUCCACUUUAGAAUUUAAUCUUUAUAUUUGUUAGAGUAGUAGUUGGUGUGGGUACCCAAUUGUGUAAUCCCGGGUGCCUUUCGUUUUCUUUAAAAGUGUCUGUAUGAUGUACGAAAUGCACGAAACAUAUAGAAGAUGAUUGAAAAUUUAGGGGAAAGGUUUUAAUAUGACAGAAAAUUUAUCUGAAAUAUUUUAUAUAAAUUAUUUUUACUAUCAGCGAUUGAAUCCAGUGGAUAAUGGGACAAUUUAGUAUUAGAAAAUUAAAUACUUAAAAAACGCGUUAAAAAAUGCUUUUGAUAUACUUCAUAGUAACAAUCUGUAUUGCCAGAUAAAAUUGUGAAUAUUUUUCUUAUGUAAAGUGAUGUCAAUGACAUUUCAGUCACUGAUUUCAAUGUUAUUUUUUUAUUAAAGAUUAGAUCUUUAUAAUCUUGAAUAUUAUGCCUAGGGAUACUAAUUAGUCAGCGUCAAUUUGAUCUAAGACAAAGUUGGGCUUUGAAUAAAAACUCAUUUUACCAUUCACAAAAAUGUAGAAGUGUGUAUAUACCAUGCAUUUAACUUAGAGUGAUUAGUAUUUUGUGUGUGAUAAAUAAUCAACCACAAUAUUUACUUUCAUAGCAAAAUAAGUGAUUUGUUCUUAUUUUUGAUUAUUUUUAUGACAUCAUUUCAGAUAAGUCGUCUAGUAACUUACUGGAUUUCUUUGUACGUACACGGGUUCUAAAGGCUAUAUUAAUAAGAAAGUCAAUAGGUACAAAUUAUACUGAAAGUAACAAAUGUAUUAUUUAGAUGCCCGUUACUGUCCAAAGAUUUGGAAAAAUCUGUGAUAUUUCAUUACUAUAUAACCUGUCGUUGCGUUGGUCAAUUGUUAAUGCAUAAGAACACUUCCAAAGUCUGGAAUGUGUUUCCUAGACAAAAAUAUAUUUUUUGACUAUUUGAACGAAUUUCAUGAGAAUGUUUGUGACAACAAAGCUUGCAAGUCGUUCACAAAUAUAUAAUAAUUAUAAUAGGUGUAAGAUUUAAUAAUUUAUUGUUAUUCAAUUUAGUUUUCCGUUUACCGUUAGGUGACGUAAAUGAACCAGUUCAAUGGGACGUAAAAGUUAUUAUCUAUAGUAAGAACCCUGUUUUAUUAUACAUCCCGGAGAUACGAUGUAAUAGCAAUGGGUCUAAUAAACGGAUUUAAGGGGUGAACAACGUGUUUGUGAGUUUCGCAUUCGUAACGAGUUUAAUGCGGACUUGCUUUGUUAUUUGUGUACAUUAUAAGAGAAGACUGCCAUGAAAGGAUGUGUAUUUAUGUGCGUAAUUUCGUCUUAAAGAUGAUAUCUUAAUGCUAGCUGGCCAGGGAAGUCGUCGUUAGUUUUUUUUUUACUAUUUAUUAACCGUGGCGGUAACGGCCUGCUAGAUAUGCGUGCGUAAUUUAGAUUGGCCAUCGUGUGUCGUGUCCGGAUUGGUCGCGGAUCGCAGGUAGCUCCUGUAUUAUUAUGUACAAAGUACUGCACCCACCUCUACUAACAACUGUGAUAAUAACACUAAGUAGCGUAGCAGGCGAUUUAUAUACUAGUAACGUCCAUGAGAAGGGAUGACAUCAUAUCUGACAUAUUGUAUUGUGAUAAUAUUUAUAUCAAGGCGUGCUCACCGCGUUUUGACAAAAUGUUUUCUCUAAACAAGACUGAUUAUUUCUUAUUAAUAAAUAUUUUAUACAUGUUCCACUUUGACUGAAUGAAUAAGAUGUCUGUAUUUAUAUUGGUAGUAUUUUCUUCUCUCUUGCUGUGUGUUUUCUCAAAAAAAUGAGUAUUCACUAUGUUGGAUAUGUGUCACAAUGCCUUUCUAUGCGGUCACCGAAUUGAAAAAAUUUAAUGUUCAUUUCGUUUUUUUAUUAAUUUCUAGUUUUCUUUAUUGUGAUGGAAAAUGUUGUUGACAAAUUAUGUGGCAGCGGCAGUAUAAGCACUACUAGAGUAUAUUAUUUGUUGUUAAUUUGCAAAAUUUUAUUGAUCCAACAUCAUAGGCAAUCGUACUUUUAUGCUUUACUAUUUAAGGAUUUAGUUUCGAAAAUUGAGAGUUGGUGAAAAAUAUACAUAGAUUUUUAAGUAUGUGGCAAUGCAGAUCUUCAUAAAUAUUGAUUAAUAUUAUCACGAGCGACAAAAUAUGGAGAGAGACUCCUUAUACAAAACUGUCCCAAAGGGAAGUCUUCUGAAUGUUUCUAAGAAGUGCAUUUCUUCUAUGUAAUACAGUAUUAAAUUCAGAAUAAUAAAUGUAUGAUUAUUA